AUGGCGCGGGGAUCGUGUAGUCGCUUUUGCAUGCGAGUUUUCCUUCGUCUCGUCCAGUUUUGCAGCGCUCUGGUGGCGUAUAUCGCGCUCCGAACGGCUGGCGUGUCGUACCAGAACACUGCAGGAGGCCAGACUGUCGCUGUGGUCGUCAGCAGCAGCGCUAUGAGCUUCGCGCGGAUUAUCAACUUUAUUGCAUUCCUGUACGCCUUCGCCUUCCUGGUGUUUAUCGAGUGGCUUCGUCUCUGUGUGCAUCCAAUCGACUACUGCGAGAGAGUCAUGGACCUCGUCUUGUUCGUGUGUCUCGCGACUGCAACGCUGUUGUUGCUCUUGUCAGGCGUCACGCUGCAUUGUCAUGGGAAGUACAACCGCUUCGUGCGGUGUGGAGGCGUGUAUCUUGCACACGGCGGAGCAACUCCCGUGCCUGUUGUCACUGCGCAACCAGUGUAA